GAGUUCACAUAAAAGGGUAGGAAGAGAGUGAGGUGCUUUAACAGAGGCUUGCUCUGCAGACAGGGGACAGAAGGGCAGAGCAUUCCAGCCACUAUGCAGUUGUCCUGGCAUCCCCGGAGGUUAGCUCUGCAUUGCUCCACGUUACUCUUACUCUUUUCAACAUGCCAAGCAUAUUUUGCCACCAAAGACAACUGCUGCAUUUUAGAUGAGCGAUUUGGUAGCUAUUGCCCAACUACUUGCGGGAUUGCAGAUUUCUUAAACAAAUACCAAACCACCAUAGACCAGGACUUAAGGCACAUGGAAGAAACCUUGAGGGAUAUUGAUAAUAAGACAGCAGAAUCCACACUGCUGAUCCAGAAAAUCCAAAUCGGCCAGACUCCUGAUCCAAGACCUCAAAAUGUGAUCGGUGAUGUUACUCAGAAGUCAAGGAAGAUGAUUGAUGAGAUUAUGAAAUAUGAAGCAUUGGUUAUCACACAUGGAAACAGUAUUAAGUAUUUGCAAGAUAUGUUGCUUUCAAACAACCAAAAGAUUAAUCAAUUGAAACAAAAGGCAGCUGAGCUUGAAGCCAAAUGUCAGGAGCCUUGUAGAGAUUCAGUUCAAAUACAAGAAACCACUGGAAAAGAUUGUCAAGACAUUGCAAACAAGGGGGCCUCAGUAAGCGGUCUUUACUUUGUCAAGCCAUUAAAAGCCAAGACUCAGUUCUUGGUCUAUUGCGAGAUAGAUUCAGCAGGCAAUGGAUGGACUGUGCUUCAGAAGAGAUUGGAUGGGAGCCUGGACUUCAAGAAAAACUGGGUUCAGUAUAAGGAAGGAUUUGGACAUCUGUCUCCGAAUGGCAACACUGAGUUUUGGCUGGGAAAUGAAAAGAUUCACCUUCUAAGCACCCAGACAACAAUUCCAUAUGCAUUAAGAAUAGAAUUGGAAGACUGGUCUGGCAAAAGAAGCACGGCUGACUAUGCCAUGUUCAAGGUGGGUCCUGAAGCAGACAAGUACCGGCUGACCUACGGCUAUUUCAUUGGAGGAGAUGCAGGAGAUGCCUUUGAUGGUUUUGAUUUUGGCGAUGAUCCAAGUGACAAAUUCUUCACCUCCCACCUUGGCAUGCAGUUCAGUACCUGGGACAAUGACAAUGAUAAGUUUGAGGGCAACUGCGCUGAACAGGAUGGCUCUGGCUGGUGGAUGAACAAAUGUCAUGCGGGUCACCUCAAUGGUGUCUACUACCAAGGGGGCACUUACUCAAAAUCAUCAACUACCAAUGGCUAUGAUAAUGGCAUUAUCUGGGCUACCUGGAAGUCAAGGUGGUACUCCAUGAAGAAAACUACCAUGAAGAUUAUUCCAUUCAACAGACUUUCGAUAGAUGGCCAGCAACAACACUUGGGUGGAGUCAAACAGGUUGGAGAUGUUUAAAAGGAGGCUCCAAACAUGACCUAUACUUUAAAGGACUUUUAUCUGAACAGAGACAUUUUGUUUUAUCAAUGGGAGAGUGGACUUAUGCCCCACAUACUUCAUUUUCGCAGUAUUGAUCUGCAGUAUUGGAACUGUCACAACUUUGUGCAUGUGAUAAUUUAUGUGUCAUUUCAAUUAAAAAAUUCUUAUCCAUGAACAAAUGCCCUAUGCCAUUACUUGAUCCUUAACCAAAACCCAAAAUAUUUCACAUUUAAGGAUAUAGAUGUUUCUUAUAUCACAGGAUGGGCAUGUAAUGAAACAUAUGGGGCAGUUGUAGAAAAGCAGAAGACACGUCUCCUGACAUCAAAAGAGUUGACAACAAGCUGCGAUAGAAGUUCAAUGAGACUAAACACCAGUAAUCAGGAGUGACAGAAGUGUAAGACCUAUGUAGUCAUAAACACAAGUCACAAAGUCUUGGAGAGCUAAAUGUAAACAGCUACUUUGAUUCCAAGAAAUGCCCAUGAGUGCCAAGGAAAUGUAAUGCAUAGUGUUCCAAAAGUCUCCAUGCAUUUUCAAGCUAUUAAUGGCUUAAAAUGCACUCAUACUUUUGGGACACUCAUAUUUAAAAUGUUCGGAACAUUCACAUUAUGCCUGAAUUUCAAUAUUUCUUUCUACAUUCUCUAUUAUUGUUGACUAUGAGACUGUAAGCUCCAUGAGAGCAGGGACAGUAGUUUUUUUAUACAUAUAUAUAUAUCUAUAUAUCUAAAUUGUGUUUCUUGCCCAGCACAGUAGUCUUGUGUACGGUAGGGGCUUAAUAAAUAUUUCUGGCAUUGAAUUCAA